AGCCCUCCCUCUUUGUUCAGCGAUGUCGUGGUCUAAGAUGGUUCUUCCAUCGGAAUUUCGCUUUAUGGGUGCAAACAUAGUUUGCAGUCUGUCUCGCGGUGGAGGAAGUGGAGAGAAACAUGUCCCUGGAUGAUUUUCGCCAUUGUAGUUUGUCCCCCAUCUGCAUUGAUCGCGGAGAGUUGUCGUUCUUGUUGAUGGACGUGCAGAAAACUGCCACGCCGGAUUUGCACCAUUGUCAUUUGUACAUGUUCAACAUCUGCAAUUUCAUCUUGAAUCAAAUUGAACAUGAAGCGUUGGUGCAGUUCUUAUAGAUGGAAGUGCAGAUCCAGAUCCAAAUCUGCAUUUGCAUCUCGCAAGUCUAAUUGAACAUUAGGGGUUUCAUGGAUUAAUCUGAAGUUCCCAACUGGAAGGGUUUUUCAAGAGAUAUGGGAAGACCAAGAAGUCAGUUUGGAGAUCUGCAGUUUGGAAUAUGAAGUCCUGUUCCACAGAUUGCAAUGUUGGAAAAGAUGUAUAUUUUUAGUCAAAUGUUUUGUAUGUUUGAGUAUUGUUGUUUUUAAUGCUAAAUAUAUGCAUUGUUUCUAUAAAGCUUUGCAUCUUCAAUACAGUUCAGUGUAUCUGGUUGUUUUGUAUGAUGUAUUGAGCUGUAGGGCAUGUCAUGAUUUGCCGAGUACGGUGCGAUCCUGAAUUAACAUCCAUGUUCGUCCGUAAUCCAUACCUAUUCCCUUCCCCUAAUCCGAACCAUAACUAUAAGUCACUCCAGAAAUCAAAGGGGAGUGAUGGUUGCAUAAAUCAUAUGUGCUUUAACCAAACCUUAAGCCUGAACUUAAACCAUAAACUUGUAGUUUAAUUCUGAUUGGAAUGUUAUUUCAGGAUCAACAUCGAUGUUAAUCCAGGAACAUAAGGUCAGGUUGGUGUGAAGUCAACCUGAAAGUUCCAUUAGUUUGUACCCAAAUGAUGGUGGUUGAUUCCAUUACAAAUCAAUCCAUUUCUGUAAUGUUUACAAAGCGAUUAAACAUGGGAGUUCUAGUAAAUUUGAAACCGCUUCAAUCCAGAUUUCACUUGAAGUUCAGUGUAGUACGAGUCCCAUUUAAUACCUCCGUUUGCACAAUACAAGUUCAUGCCGUUUUAACGCAUUAUACAAACCCUCCACCAACCUACACGGAUGAUCCACUUCAGACGUUUGUGACUGCAGGGAGACCCGUUACAUGCGCUCCACUUACGGAUUAUUGCUCGUAAUGAUCGCGCUGUUGUGUAGUUCAUCACUCGGAUGAUGUUCCAGAGCUUGUGCAUCUAAUCAGUCUGUCGCUCAAAGAAGACUCCGAUAAGCUCAAACUGCAUUUCUCCGACGUUUUCAUCUAGACUCGUCUAACUGUCGUAUUGCACGCGUUUAAAUGAAACUUGUAAGGUUUAUGAACAAUCGUGCACCUUAUAAUAAGAGAUAUCAGCCAACGGAAUAUGAGCACGCUGCUAACUGUGCCACACAUGCUCUCUGGAUCAUUCCCAGCAUUGUGGGUGGGAUCUUACUGUACUUCUUAUCCGAUGACCACUGGGAGGAGAUUUCAGCAUGGCUGUAUGGGGCAGGACUAUCAAGCCUGUUCAUCAUAUCCACAGUUUUCCACACCGUCUCCUGGAAAAAGAGCCAUCUCCGAUCAGUCGAACACUGUUUCCACAUGUGCGACAGGAUGGUGAUCUAUUUCUUCAUUGCAGCAUCCUACACACCUUGGCUCACGCUGCGGGAUCUGGGUCCAUGGGCUGCCCACAUGCGUUGGGUUGUCUGGGUGAUGGCCUCUGGAGGAACUGCUUAUGUCUUCUUCUUCCAUGAAAGGUUUAAAGUUGUAGAGCUUAUCUGUUACACAGCAAUGGGGGUUUUUCCCGCUCUUGUCAUCCUCUCUAUGGCAGACAGGUCAGGUCUGUGUGAGCUUCUUCUUGGUGGCGGGUGUUAUGUGCUGGGCAUGGCGUUCUUUAAAAGUGAUGGAAUUGUGCCCUUUGCUCACGCUAUAUGGCAUUUGUUUGUUGCAAUGGGAGCUGGCAUCCAUUACUAUGCCAUCUGGAAGUACCUGUACACACCUGUCAAUCAACCAACCAGUCUUUAACUAGCACAGACAUUACAACUAGCCUUUGUGAGACUGCAGGCAUUUUGGACCUGAAGCCGUGUGCUAUCCUGAGACUGAUAAAGGAUCCAGUCUAUGGACGCGUUGCGUAAAGGUUUACAAUUUUCUUUUUUUUCCAAAUGUAAAAUCACUGCCAGAUCUUUUGUAAACACACUCAUCCUGGAUAGUAACUACUUGACUACAGUUUUAAGGUGUAGUGUUUUUAAACUGAGACAUUCUGCCACUGCCAUUAUGGAGAUAAUCAUAUUUCUUUCACGUAUUUCGUAUUACUGUGCGCAGUAUCAGUUCUUCAUGCUUCUAGUAAAAUGCUAGUCUGUUAUGUGUUUUUGGAUGUGUAAUGUCUUUGGAAAAUGCCACAAGUGCUUAAUGAGAGUAUCCAGGGAGACACAUGACUGGACAGGUCACUUCAUUCCAUAGCUAGGUUUUCUUUUUACUUUGGGUAAAUGCAUUUUGGAUUUAAUUACAGAAAGCUACAUUAGAGACUUUUUACAGUCUGCAAGUUGAAAGGUUUUCUUUUCUUAGAUUUUUCUAUUAUUUAUUUAUUCAUUUUUUGGGUCGCACUUUACAAUAAGGUGAACAUUAGUUAAUGUAUUAUCUCACGGCUGGUCCCUAGUUAAAUACGACUCAUGAUCCUAAGACAACAUAACAUAAGUUAACAAUGGCCAAUGUGCUCCAACUAAAUUAUAUACUAACAUAACGUAAUCUGGCGAUGCAGUGGCGCAGUAGGUAGUGCUGUUGCCUCACAGCAAGAAGGUCGCUGGUUCGAGCCUCCGAUUUCCCCCACAGUCCAAGACAUGCGGUACAGGUGAAUUGGGUAGGCUAAAUUGUCCGUAGUGUAUGUGUAUGAAUGAGUGUGUAUGGAUGUUUCCCAGAGAUGGGUUGCAGCUGGAAAGGCAUCCGCUGUGUAAAACAUAUGCUGGAUAAGUUGCCGGUUCAUUCCGCUGUGGUGACCCCGGAUUAAUAAAGGGACUAAGCCGAAAAGAAAAUGAAUGAAUGAAUAACGUAAUCAGCAACAUAAUGCAAAAUGACAAGAGAUGGGGAGUCCAACAACAUAAUAAAUAACAACCAAACAAACCUAAAGCAGGUUGGGACUCCCUACUCCAAACAAACAUAAAAAGAAAAGUAUAUAGGAGACCACAACAAUAAAGCCUGUGGUGGCGUGGAGGAAUGAGCGACUCUGAGACGUCCACUUUUAAAAGACUGACGUCACCAAAUCAACCAAUAGAAACUAAGAAGGGAAAAAGUCAAACAAGAUCAAAUGACUGUAAUAAUUACAGGCAGGAGUGAACGCUACACAUAACACGGCAAUUCGUAACUUUUAAAUUUAGUGGCUAAUUCAUAUGAAUUUGUACGAUCUUAUUCCUUGCUCUUCACCCAAUGUUGGGUUAGGGGCAAGGUUGGGUGUCAGGCCUCCUUUUUAAAAUCAUACAUUUUCAAUACAUUACAAAUCGUACGAAUUUGUACGAAUUAGCCACGAAACUGACAAAGUGAGAUCAGGCUGAUUUACUCACAAGAACCUAGUAUGAACUUGUACUGCAUUUAUUUACCAGUGUUGGAGGCAACGCAUUACAAGUAACGUGAGUUACGUAAUAAUAUUAAUUGUCUUAGUAAUGAGUAAAGUAGCGCAUUACAAACGCAUGAAAAAAAUGAAGUAAUAAUAUUUGAGUUACUUUUUUAAAAAUGUAACUUGAGUUACUUUUUAGAUUAAUUAAUAUGCUUUUAAAAAUAGUUUGCUGAAUUGUAAUCACGUUGAAUCACACUCAGUGAGAAAAUGAGCUCUCUGUGGGAACAGACAGAAACCAAGAUGGCAGAGCCUUACAUUUCUGUGAUGAAAGUAUUCUCAUUAUUCUAAACACAUUGAAGAGAAGGGGAUUAAAGUCUCAACGGACACUGAUUUUACUGAACUAAUAAGACAAAAAUACAAAAGUAGCAAACACAUUGCUUUCAACUUUCAUUAAUCUGUAUAUACGGCAUGUAUAGCGUCAGUAAGUUCUCAGAAGGUAACGUUAUUCAAUUGUUUUUUAAUUGUAAUUUUUUUUGAAAGGUAAAUGAAGGUGUUGGUUAUGCAGUGUGUCGUUAAAUGCAGAGAUCCUCUAUUUAAAAAAGAAAAAUACCCUGCAAGUUCUGAAAAAGAUCAAGGCAGGUAUGAAAAAGUAACUCCAAAGUAAAGUAACGCAUUACUUUCCAUAUAAAGUAACGCAGCUAGUUAUUUUGUGGGGAGUAACUCAAUAUCAUAAUGUAUUACUUUCAAAAAUAACUUUCCCCAACACUGUUGUUUAUCAUAGUUCAGCAUUUACUACUGUUUUAUUAAAAUCCACAUUCAUGCUUGUCAACAUUGGUUAAUGCGCCGUGAGUUAACGUGAACUAAGAAUGAAGGACUGUAUGUUCAAUAACUAACGUUAACUAACAUGAAGAAAUACUGUAAUAAGUGCACUGCUCAUUGUUUGUUCAUGUUAGUAAAUGCAUUAACAUUAACUUAAACAACCUUAUU